GAUGAACCACACGUUGAAGACCUCGUAAAUAUUGUCCUAAUAUUAUCGGGCAAAGGUCCAACGAUCACAAAAACGAUAACGAUAGCUGAAAUACUUAAACGAAAGAUGAAUAAUUUACAUCAAUAUACACAAAUUGGAAGAUAUAAAGUUAGAGAAAAAAUCGACGAUGCCGUUAAUAAUAUUCUGUAUGGUGAUGAUAACGAGGCCACUGCUAGUUCAAAUGAUGAAAAGGAUGACAAUGGCAACACCGGUUAUCACUAUAUACCUUUGUACAAAAGCCGUGCCAUGCUUGGAAAACAUUCUGAGUAG